GCCGCUCUAGCCUCUCGUGUAUGUCAUCAGGUGGGUACUUACCCGGGCUUUUCUUCAUGGUUUCCAAACUGAAUCAUUAUGGGUUCUUCCCCAAAACAUCCUCCGUUGUGUCUUCCCUCCCGCUCCCCUCCAAAUUCAAAUACCCAGUCAGCACUUGUUUCCACUUACACUUCUCGAAAUGCGAGUGGUAAACACGGCCCAGUCUGGCCCGCCCUCGGCAUCCCAUUCAUUGUCGAACAUAUGCCGCCACAAGCCGCUCAACAACAAUCAGGUUUUAAAUUGCCCUCGUUGCGGCGCGGACAUCUACGAGUUGCGGCCCAGGCGUGAAGGCCCAAUGGAUGCUGUUCCUGACUUGCCCGAAUUAUCCCGCGAGGGUAACGAACACGACGCGCUAGAGAUGGCUGAACAGGUCGACAAGCUCAAACAAUUGAUAUGCUCCCCCAACAAACACAUUACGAAGUCGGGGGCACCCUAUCCGCGAACGUUGCGGCCGGUGAACGACUCCCCCGACGAGAUCUUGACGCGGGUGGUCGAGAAGAUGCAAGCGGCAAUCCGUCAUGCGGGACAAGGAUCCGCCGAUGCGCUGCUCCGAUCAAAGCUCAAGGGAAAAUACGCUUUUUGCCGACCCCUCCGGCCGGAGCACAUCCUUAAAUCCGUAGGCGGUAUCCUAUAUGAUCAGGAAUGGACAGGCAACCUAACGCAGGGGAUGAUUCCUGACCACACAACUCUAGACAACACCAACUCGACCAUCUACUCUACAUCCAAUUACGCGUUCGAGAUGAUGCUUCUCGUGGACUACGGGUUCCCACCCUGCCCCGUCCGAUCGCCAUGGUUCUGGUUCAGAAGAGUCUUUCUCGACAUCCCCUGGACCCAGUUUGAGCAUUUUUCUCGUUUCCUCACCGCCGUAGCCUGUCGCUGGAACGAGGGUCACCUCCCGGACCCGGCAGCGUGGGAGUACAUCGCUCGCAAGAUGGGCAUGUUCUACCUCCGCGGGCUCGAGGUGUGGGAUGUCGCUACCCUUAUCUAUUACUAUUACACCCGCCGCGAACCGGUCGAUAGCGAGUCAGCGAAAAGGGGAUGGACAGGAUAUACCGGUGUCUUGCAGGAGAUGGUCAACGAGGUUCCUAAGCGUGGUACCGAUCGUCUAGCCCGCAAAUUGUCGCUUGAUAUCAAUCUCCUCAUCCCAAAGUUCGUCUCGGAUCGAGAAAAGCGGGAGCUGAUGUUGUGCAAGGCUAGGCGACUCGUGCAUGAGUACCAUUUAUCGACGAUCUCGGACGCUAGGACUCAGGAGAAGGGCGGUUGGCUGGAGUCUGUGGAUAGCUUGUUUUCGUCCGAUGCGGUGGCUGAGAAGGAAAAUGAAUCAUAAUACUCUAGGGGGGAUUCUAGGGACAUUUCAAUGGUUAUAAUAUUGGUAUAUUCUAUGAAAGAAGCAUUAAUACUUUACGUUUUUUCUACGUAAAACUUU